AUCAUACUGAAUUAGCCCUGGCCAAUCCCCCUUGCGGAUCGCGGCCAUCUUCUUGGGGAGAAGAAGAAGAAGAAAGAAUACGUCGACGAUAACGACAAUAACAGCAGGACAGGAGUAGCCAUGGAAGAUAAAAAAAUUCAAAGAAGCUGCUCGUUGGACAGGGCGAUGGUGGUCUUUACUGUAGUCCAGGCAGCGUACGUCAUCCAAUGGCCGUACGAUUAUAGCGUCUAUAUGCACGACCGAUUGAACCAACGUGACAUAGGACUUGUAGUUGCAAUGCAGCAAAUCUCUUCCCUCGUGGCGUACAUGUUUCCCUGCCCAUGGGGAUCUCGAAGGGUUCUGAUUAUUGCCUGCCAGAUCAUGGGCUUCAGCAGCUGCCUGCUAAAGCUGAACCAUAUCUUCAGUCCAGCUGCCAUAAUUCAAGGAAUCGCGAUUGGAACGACCGCGGCUGUACUCGAUCUGAAGCACGCUGCAAAGCAGGUGUCCUUUUAUCAGCCAACUGUGUCAAUGAUGUCAUGGGCCCUCGCCAGCGUCGUGGUGGACACCCUGCACCUGAGCCCGGAAGCAGUCUACUUCGUGGCUUGCUACGGUUUUCUUUGUGGAGCUGUCGUGUCCUACUUAUUGCUCGAUGACGACAACUUCAUCCAGCAUCAAUCAAUAUCAAGAAAGGUGGAGAGGUUGACGCAGUCCAUUCUUGCCCACCUGGAGCACUGGAAUUUGUCUCUGAUAUUCAUUAGCCGGACGUGCAUAGAAGCGUCUUCUGCAGUUGCAUUAGCAGUUUAUCCUAUGCUUGCGCGGCGACCAUGCUCGAGCAUUACGCCAUCUGUGGGCAUGCUGCUUGUGCUCCGGACGGCCUUGUAUGUGGGCGGGCUCGUCUUCACGCGUACUCUGGCUGGUUCUCGCGGCUGUUGGCGAUUCAUCCAGCUUCUAGGCUGCAUUACUACUCUUACUGGCGUUGUCACACUCGGCAGUGCCAAGGGGGACAACGAGGCGUGCUUCGGAAACCUGCUGCUUGCGCUCGGAGCAAGCCAAUGCGGCGUAGGGCUACCUGGAUCUUCAUACGCGAUCACCGGAAAUCUGGUAGCGUCAGGAGUGAUAGCGUUACCAGUACAAGGUGGCAGGCGGCAUUUUCUGAUCGCUGUCACCCGAACUGGGAACCUGCUUUAUGUUGCGCUGUGUUGUUUGAUAUUGCUGAUCACGAUGGACUAUUGCUCGCGACCGAAACGUUGCGCUGCGAUGCGAAACUGUAAUCAAUUAAGAGUGAACUAUAGUUGAU